UUGUGGAGUUUUGCGUUGCUCGCCAAAGUUUACAAAAACAAUUUUCAGUUUCGGAAGGGCCAGCGCAUGGCCUGUCUCGCACAUUCUCGCGCCGUGACGAAGGGUGGCAGCACUGCCCCCGAGACGAAGACGAAAGGGCGGUGCUGCGAACAAAAACAACAACAACGUUUGUUGGGUUGUUGUUGAAACGUGAAGAACGCCGUGUGUCUGCUUUUGCGCCUUCGUGUUUAUGAUGUGCCCUUUGACUCACUACGGUGUGGCUUUCAUGAUAUUGUUUUAAGAACUGUGCACAUUUGAAAGACACUUUUUUCUUGCUUUCGCUUCGACAACAGCCGUCGGCAAAACCGGCCGCCGCAUCUGGCAUCAACAACGCGCCGAGGGCGCUUCUCUUUCAAACGUUCAGUUAUUGUCUGCACCCAUCGUUAUGGAGAACGUUAUAGAACAGGACUUUGUCAUUCCUUCGGAGAGCAAGGAUGACACAAAUUCUGAAAGCAAGGAUCAAGCGAUGACAGUCGAUCUCCCUCAGGAUGUGCCCGCCCUUCCUGGUGCCCUCCCUUCAGAGACGGAGAUGAUCGCCGCGCUGCUGCGCCACUGCUGCUGGGUGUGCGGCGUGACGGCCACGAACCACGACGCCAACGUCGCCCACAUGUUGACGCACCUGCAGGCCGACGAGACGUCGCCGGACCGAGUGCCCUGGACGCCCGGGGCUGCGGCCCGCGGCGCGGCCCUGACCACGCCGGGCACGCCCUGGGGAGGGAGCCUGGCCAGGGCGGCCACCCCUCGGCCCCACCAGGACCCCGGGUACCUCCGGGACGACGCCCUCCAGCUCGCCAAGCGCCCGCCGGUGCCGGGGUUGCUGCCGCUGUCCGAGGUGCGGCGUUCGAGCGGCGCCGGCGCGGCGCAACCAGAGACGACGCCGCCCGCCGCCGCCUCGCCCUCGCCGCCGCCACCCCCGCCCCUGCUGCCUUCGCCGCCACCCGAGAAGCCGGCCGCCGACAGCUCCCUCGUCUGCGCUAUCUGUCUCGAGAGCUUCACGGACCGCGCCGCGCUCCUGCAGCACGUGGAGGCCGAGGUGCGUUCCAUUGACGCGAAGAGCACGACUGGCAAGAAGUCCAAGCCCAAGACCACUGAGAAAUCCAAGCCCAAGACCACCGAGACGUCAUCCGCCUCGCCGGCCGACAGCUUCGCCUGCGACCUCUGCAGCCGGAGCUUCCCGAUCAAGAUGGCACUCCGAGUCCACGAGGCCCGGGCGCACCCGGAGAAGCCCCGGCGUAACGACAAGCACGGCAAGGAUCGGCCGCACCAGUGCCCCAACUGCCCCUCGCGCUUCCGGCACCGCUCGCACCUGGACAAGCACCGCCUGCAGCACUCGGACGGCAGGCCCUUCCAGUGCGCUCACUGCGGACAGUCGUUCCGGCGCAAGGACCACCUCGUCACCCACGUCGUCCGCAUCCACCAGCCCGAGGUCAAGAGGUCGGUGGAGCAGGCGCGCGCCCUCGAGGCCAAGCAGGCCGUGACCAGGGGGGCCGCGGCCAAGGCGCAGCAGGUCGCGACGCCCAAGGUCGCCGUCAAGCCUGGCACCCCAAAACCUGCCACCCCCAAGCCUGCCACCCCUAAGGUCGCAGGCUGGAAACAGGUCGCUGCCAAGAAGCUUAAGACAGAGCCUAAGACACCAAAGGCCGAGCCCAAGACGCCUAAAAAACCAAGGACCAGAGAUUUCGCCUGCGCCUCCUGCGACAAGUUCUACAUGGCGGAGCGCUACCUGCGGCGACACAUCGUCCACAUCCAUUCCAGCACUAUGCCGUUCGUGUGCCUCAAGUGCGGGAAGAACUGCUUGUCGCGGUGGAGGCUGAACACGCACAUGGAGCGGCACGCCCAGAACGGGGCGCCAGGUACGCCCGCGGGCACCGGCACAGGGGAUCGCGAGGAUCCUGUCCAGGAUGAUGCCAUGGGGGAAGAUGCCGCCGUGACAGAGGGCGAUAUCGUCGUGAAAGACGAAUUCGUGGCGGACGACGCCAUUAAGACAGAGGACAUCGAUGUGACGGAGGACAUGGACGUGACGGAAGAUAUCGCUGUGACGGACGGGGAUGUCGCUGCGAAGGAGGAUGUCGCUGUGACGGGGGAUGUCGCUGUGACGGGGGAUGUCGCUGUGACGGGGGAUGUCGCUGUGACGGGGGAUGUCGCUGUGACUGAGGAUGUCGACAUGGCGGAGGAUGUCGCCAUGGUGGAGGACGUCGCUGUGACGGAGGCUACCGCCGAGACGGAGGCUACCGCCGAGACGGAGGCUACCGCUGUGACGAAGGCUACUGCUGUGACGAAGACUACUGAUGUGACGAAGGCCUCCGCUGUGACGGAGGCUGCUUCUGUGACGAAGGUAGUCGGUAAAAUGAACACUCGCUCCACCUCGGCCGCUGCCAAGAAAAAGACCUCCAUCGUAUUCAGAAUUGUUUCCAGGAGCAGCAACCAGAGUGAGGCGGCCAGCGUGGCCGCGAAGAUCAUCCCGAAGCUCGCCAGUGACAUGGCCGCGGAGUCGUCUGCCAGCGCGACCAGCGGUGCAGCGGACCAGCAGGGCGCGAGCAAACGCAAGGUCGUUUACAUGCUCGUCCCGAAGCGCGGGCCCAAGAACGAUGCCGAGGGCAGCGAGAACCAGCCGAAGGUGUCGACCAACGUCACCACCAAACCUCUGACCAAAAUGUUCCUCAAGGUUGUGAACAAGCGGAAGCCGAAGCCCAAACUCCAGGCAGGCCCUGGAAAGGAAAUUGUGAAGACACUUGUGCCCAGGACACCCCCUAAGGUCGGCUUUAAGAUUGUCCAAAAAGUCGUGGACGUGAAAAACGUACCCAAGCCCAAGACAUUGCCAGGGAUAGUGCCUCUGGGCGGGUACCUGAAGACUGCCGCACCCCUGCCCGUAGACUCCCCCUUCAACGUCCUGCCGGCCAAGGUCCCGCUCCGUUUGACCUCCGUGCUGACCUCACCGGUCAGUGGAAAUAUGGACUUCGAGGCAGCGAUCCCCGUCCAUGUCAUCCCCAAGGCGGACCCAAAGGCGGAUCCCCCGUGCCUCGCCAGCCCGGACACCUGCAGCGCUGACCUCGACGUCAACGCCAACCCGAAGCCCAAGUCCACUCCCACUCCUCAGGCUUCCUCUAGCUCCAACCAGAAGGCUGCUGCCAAGAAGCCCCAAUUGAAAUCUGUCCUCAAGACCUCGAAUGGCGCCACCAAAGUCAACCAGCAAGCCGCGGACUCCUGCGGGGUUAGCUCCACGCAACCGAAUGUUCCGAAGGUGGCGCCCCUGUGCACCCCUUCGCCCUCCAGGUCGCUGCUGACCCCCGGCAGGAUGGCCGCCAAGACCCGCGGGUCCCCGAGGAGUAACCCUGCCGCUGCGAGCAGCGCUGACGCGGUCCUCGACGUUGCCCACUCCUCCAGCCAGGUCGUGGCCAAAGUGGCUCCGGUGUCCGCCCUGGGCGCCGGCAGGAGCAGACCCUCGAGCCCCGUCCCCUCGACCGUAACCUGUAUCUGUGAAAAGUGUGGUCUUCACUUUGUGGGUGAUGUGACCUUCAAACUGCACCUCAUCAGAGAACACGGUAUUACUGUGGUCAAGAAGUUCGAAUGCCAGUGCUGUGGUGCUGCUUAUCGAGACAAGGAAAUGCUCAGGGCUCAUUUGCGGACUCAUUAAAUUUGUUUCUAAUCCAGAUUAAUCUCAUGUAUUUCUUGUAUUUAUAACAUUUCUUUUUCUUCGAAGUCUGUGUUUAAUUGGUAAAGAACUGUUUAAUUUUCUCUGGUCUGCAGACCAUGUGCCAUUUUUUUAUUACAAUUGUUUAGUUUUACAACGGAUAGUUGUGCUUGUUUUAUCCCUUGAUUGGCUUUAAUGUUUUAGUUUUUCUUUGUCAAGGUUUUGGUGGGAUAUUUGGUGUAUAGGUUAGUAUCACAUGUAAACUUCCCUCUAGUAAUGUCUCUGCUCAAGAAAAGGACAAAAUUCCACGUAUCAGAAAUCUAUUAUAUUUUUUGUCAGAAAAUAUAAAUUGAAUUCGACUGGAAUGUAUUUUACUUCAUAUGUUGUUGUCUGACCCAAAGAACAUGUGUUGGUAUUUAUGACUUUGAUCCUUGACUCAAUUUUGGAUUUAAUUAAUAAUUAGGUUAAUUUGCUUCUUUUAAGAAAAUAAUCUUUGCAGUGUUAUACCCUGAACUAUUUUUGUUAUUGUGAAUAAGAGAUAAUAAAAAUAUUGUAACGGCAGUAAUAGA